GGUGGAGGUUGGAAAUCUCAUAUCCCUUUGAUAGAGUUUGCUUAUAAUAAUAAUUUUCAAGCCAGCAUAGGGAUGGCGCCUUAUGAAGCCCUCUAUGGAAAGAAGUGCAGAACACCUCUUUGUUGGGCAGAAACUGGUGAGAGGAAAGUCAUUGGAUCCGAUCUUGUUGAUGAUGUCACAAACAAAAUCAGAUUAAUCAGAGUUAGGUUGCUAGCAGUUCAAGAUAGACAGAAAAAGUAUUAUGAUGUUAAGCACCGCUUUGUGGAAUUCAAUGUGGGAGACUAUGUUUUCAUAAAGAUUAGGCCGAUGAAGGGUGUACUUCGUUUUGGCAAGGUUGGCAAACUUAGUCCCCGCUAUAUUGGUCCUUUUGAGAUAGUGGAAAGGAUUGGGAAGGUGGCCUACAGAUUAGCAUUACCCACUACAUAUGUUGUCCACAAUGUGUUCCAUGUUUCGUCACUGAGGAAGUAUAUAUCGGAUGAUCCUUCUAAGAUCAUAUCGGAAGAUGUGGACUUACAACCAGAUCUUACAUAUGUUGAAGAACCGGAUCGUAUUCUGGAGUUUAGUGUGAAACAACUUAGAAGCAGAGAGAUACCGUUCGUGAAGGUUAUGUGGAAGCAUAGAUUGGAGAAGAAUGCUACGUGGGAGAAGGAGUCAGAAAUGAGGAAAUGUUAUCCUCAUCUUUUUGAGUAAGGUAUGAUUGUUGUUUUUCUCUCUUUUCAAUUUCGUGGACGAAAUUUUUUUUUAGAGGGGGAGAAUUGUAAAACCCGAAAUUCAUCAUUUGAGUGCGUCGCACGCAUAUCGAUGCGCCGCGACGAACUUAAGUGAAAUUUCGACGUCGUCGGAAUUCGGCGAAAUAAAUUUCAUUAGAUUCGUCUCGAAUUUCGAGCGAAAUGGUAUAAAGAACUUAUA